AUGCCUCAAGUUCACUGGGACAACGAUGAGUUAGCCUUCGUCAAGGAGCAGCUAAAGGCUUAUCUUUCUUGCAAAGGCGAUAGAAACGCUGUCACUGAGUUCUGGUUGCAUUGCAUGGCAGACUACUUCAUGCGAUGGCCUGUCGUGCCCAGCAAGACCAAGAUAGAGGAAGCAGGAAGCCUGAAGGAGGCGUAUCAGCAUCCUGAGUAUUUGACACGCAAGCGAAGCGCUGAGAAUAAAGUACGCAAUUGGAUCAACAACCGUGGUCGCGCAACCUCCGGGGCCCCCAGGAAUGGGUGUUCUCGUGUACUUGAUCUUACCGGGUCGAAGAGGCGACCCCCUCAGCUAUGGCAGGCUCUUGCUCGCUUGAAGAGGGAGGAAUGGAGAGACGAGAUCGCGGCCGGCUGGAGGAAGUACAAGGAAGAGCACGCGGACGAGGCGCUCGAUCAGAGAGACUAUUUGAAGUUUCUCCACCGCUUGAUGACAGAACGGUUGAACGCUAUCGACGAACAGACAAUGCAGCUCGUGGAGGAAUAUAGAGAUUCAGGUUACUUACGUGACGAGGAUGCACCAGAUUUUGAGCGCGAAAACAGCGACGUUGAUCCAGAGACAGCGAAGGCUAGGAGUUACGAAGAGGCUCUCAGCAACGUCCCUCAUACCCUCAAGGUCGCUCUUCAACGCCUUCAAGAGCAGACAGGAUGGUGCGCGCUCAUAAUUAUGGGCGGCCCACGCCCGUCACGAGGUGGUUCACUCAAUACCUAUUCCAUCAGCAUCGGCCAAACCCUCAACGGCAACACGUUCCAAGCGGCGUACAAAGGCUACCCGGACUUCGAGGAGGCGUACGCAAAAUUCUUAGAGAGAGUUUAUACCCCAGAGGAAUGUGCUGCUCGUGCCUUGAAGGAGCCCGAUAAUCAAUCCACCGAUAAGGACGUCAUCAUCAUUGUCGACGACCAGGCACCUUCUACCAACACGGAGUCCUCAAUUCGCAAACCCACACCUCGAACAAAGACCAAACAUAGUCGGACGAACAAGCACAAAGGGCAGAAGAAAUUACCGGAUGAUCCACUUGACUCCGCGUCCAUAUCUUGGGCGCACGUCCCCCGAAAUCGCGAUAGAUCUGUCGAUUCCUUCGAGGGAGCUCCUCCGCGUCUUCCUCCUUCCUCUCCCGUGACUUCCGCGUCGCCCUCCGCUCCUGAACCAGAUGAACCGCGCAAAUCCUCACGCUCCGGCGACACUCAGCACUCAUCACCAUCUGCGGACGGCGGCGCGUUAUUGCGCUCAUCGUCUUGUGCUACGAGUCCGCACGAAGAUACGAGCAUCUCCGUCCCAAGCACAGAGUCUCGCCAAACGCCUCCCGCGACAUCCGCCAAUGAUACCACCACGAAGUCAGCCGACGAUACCGCCGCGACGUCGGCCAACGAUACCGCCGCGACGUCGGCCAACGAUACCGCCGCGACGUCGGCCAACGAUACCACCACGAAGUCAGCCGACGAUACCGCCGCGACGUCGGCCAACGAUACCGCCGCGACGUCGGCCAACGAUACCUCCACGAAGUUGGCCGACGAUACUGCCGCGGCCUCCGCUGAUGAUACUGCUGCAACAUCCGCUGACGACACUGCUGCAACGUCCGCCGACGAUGCUGCUGCGACUUCUCCGGCACCGACGACAGACAUCGACAUGGAUACGCUCACAGGGGACGAUGACAACCAUGCGAAGUCUGUCAGCAAUGGGGGAAGCCACAGCCCAAGCGCGGACAGCGCUACCUCGAAGACCAUUGCCGAUGCUGUCGCUGGGCCCUAUCCAGAGUGGUUCACCAGCUCGAUGUCCUGGAUGGAUAGUCUCGAGCACGGAGGUUUGGCAUUCAAAAGGCUCUUGGCCGCCUACGCGGAUUUCGAGAUAUCCCUGGGAUUCGCGGAGACGAAAGCCCUCACUACGUCGAAGAAACGGCCUGAAGCUGUGCGCCAUUGGCUUGGCCGGGGGCGGAAGCUGACGAAGCCCCCUCCGACCGGCCCUGCCACGAGCCAUCUCCAGAAUUGGACAGCGUGGUGGUGCGACAUCCAACCUUCGUGGCGCGAGGGCACGGAACUACCGCUGAGGAGGCCCACCAUGAGUGGAACCAUUCCUGAAUGGUCCGCACAGAGAGGUGGACCGAACGGUCUCUACAUGGUUGUGCUCUGCCUGGCAUGGUGCUUGAUCGCCGAAGGUUCCGUCCCCGGAGGCUUCGACAGCGCAUGUGAUGAUGUCGCGUGGAUGCUCCGCUUGGACUAUGCACCUGCGGCGUCUGAGUGCACGCCUACACGUCUUGAGUCCCCUAAGAAGAGAAAAGACGAGGGAAAUUCGAAGGCGGAAGGAAGGAUGCGAAAGUAA